GAAUAGAUGAAAAGAAAUUAAUAGAGAUGGUGGGGAGGUCGGAUUUCAAUGCGGCCAAUAUUAAAAGAAAGAGGCAACUUAUGAUGAUAGAAUUUCAACGCUUCAUGAAUGCUACAUUAAUGUGGAUGACAAGUCCAGCCGAAAGAGAUGCUCGUUUGUUACGAAAGGCCAUUAAAACGAGGGGCACUCGUGUUGGCAUAAUGGUGAUUAUCGAAAUCGCAUGUACCAGAGAAUUUUGUGAUGUUUCGGCAGCAAAGGAAGUUUAUCAUCAUCUUUAUAAGAACUCGUUGGAGUUUGAUUUAUCAAGAUUUAUCAUUGGGCCCGAACAAACUCUUUUAAAUUCAUUACUAAACACUAAGAGGUUUAAGGAAACAAAUGAGGAAGAGGAGAAGAUUGUAAUGUUGGACGCAGAAACGCUUGCAAAAGCAUUUAAUGACAAAUCUAAAAUCUAUAUAGAAAACAGAGAAAUUAUAAACAUAUUGCUGUAUAGAAGCAUCCCUCACCUUUGCGCCGUAUAUGAACAAUGCAAGAAAAUGGGAGUCACAUCCAAGAGUAAUAGUCCAGACUUGUGGAUUCACAAGACACUGACUUAUUUAGUUGAUCCUAUACAAAAAUUUGUCCAACUGCUAGAGAAUUCGUUGGCGUUUAAGCUAUGGGCGGUGGAAGAUGCAGAGGUUGCACAAGCAGACGUGUGGGAUGAGGAUUAUCAUUUAUUGGAGGAUUCAUUAAGUCGAAUUAUUAUAAGUCGUCUUAAAGUUGAUCUUGAUAAGAUUAAGAUAAAGUUCAAGGAGACGAGUAAAAUUACACUACAAGAACGAAUUCGACUUGUAUGCAAGGGGAACUAUAGAGAUUUAUUGCUGGGUGUGCUAUCAAAAUAACAUACAUGAUGGACGAUGACUGAAAGCUGCAAGAAGCAUAUGAGCACAUAACAGACCAAUGGCGGAUAAUCUCAACCAAUUGCUUCAAGAUUUUGUUCUUCUUCAAAAGAAAGCAAUGAAGUUUUUGUCUCUGUUUUUGUUCUUUCUUUCCUUUCUCGAAAUAAAUAAAAAUUGGACAUAUAUUUCAUAGAUAUUCCCAAAAUUUCACUCACCAUGACAAUACCAGGGAAGAGGGAAUAAAGUUGUGUACCAAAAUUUCAAUUCUUAUAGAUUCAAAUUAAGCCAAAGUUAGCCAGUAAUUAUUAAAAAAAAUACCCGUACG